AUGUCCGAACCGGCUCCCGCGGCCUUGCGGCCCACCACCAAGGCGGAGCGGCGAGCGCUGCAAGAGAAGCAGCGGGCGGCAAAGGAGGCCGCCAAGGCCGCCGCCGGUGGUGGUAGCGGCGGCGGCGGCGGUAGCAGUGCGGGCAAGGGCGGCGGAGGCGGAGGCGGCGCCGCAGCCAAGGCAGGCGGUGGCGGCGGUGGUGCGGUGGGAGGCGGCGCCGGCGCGGGAGGUGGCGGUUCGCAUGGCGGCGGCGGCGGCGGCGGCGGCGGCGCCGUCACGGGCGGCGGCAGCGGCGGCGGCGGCGGUGCUGGCCGGAGCGCGGGCGGCGGGACAGGCGGAAAGCCUUCAAAGGCGGGCGGCGUGGACGAGGCGAAGGCGGCGCUUGCAACGAAGCAGAUGGCCGAGGGCCUCCUCUCCGGCACCAACGCGCGCGUGGUGGCCAUGCUCCGUGCACUGCAGGCCGUCGCGCGCGACUUCCGCUGCCCGGCCGGCAAGGCACUCUCCCGCGAGCUCGAGGGGAGGAUCAAGCUGCAGAUCGCGCACCUGCACGACUGCCGCCCGAAGUCGCUCGCGAUGGGCGACGCGAUCAAGUGGCUCAAGCUCCGUGUCAGCCAGCUGCCCGCGCACCUGCCUCCCGACGCGGCCAAGCGCAUCCUCUGCUCGCAGAUCGACACGUACAUCGACGAGCGGAUCGAGCUCGCCGACCGCGCCAUCUCCGAGUCCGCCUCGGCCAAGAUCGCGCCUUCGGACGUCGUCCUCGUCUACGGCCGCUCCCACGUCGUCGAGGCGACGCUGCUGCACGCGGCGGCGCGCGGGACCAACUUCUCCGUCGUCGUCAUCGACGGCGGCCCUCGCUUCGAGGGGCGCGCGAUGCUGGUGCGGCUGGUGGCGGCAGGCAUCCGCUGCUCCUACUCGCUGCUGCACGCCCUCUCGUACACGAUGCCAUCCGGGGGUCACAGGGAAGGGCUUGGGCCCCCCCCCCCCCCCCCCCAUGCACGGCACGCGCGCCGGCACGCGAUGCGUUGCCUCGGCCAGCUCAUGAUGAAUGGCACCCUCGUCUCUCGCGCCGGCACCGCGCUCGUCGCCAUGGCGGCGCACGAGCACGGGGUCGCCGUGCUCGUCUGCUGCGAGACGUACAAGUUUACGGAGCGGGUCCUGCUCGACGCGAUCUGCUACAACGAGCUCGGCGACCCCGACGCGCUGCUCCAGGCGGCGGACGCCGACCAGGGCGGCGCCUCGCUCUCCGACUGGCGCGAGCGGCCGCGGCUCAAGCUGCUCAACCUGAUGUACGACGUGACGCCGAUGAAGUACCUCACCAUGGUCGUCACCGAGGCGGGCGUCAUCCCGCCGACGUCGGUGCCGGUCAUCAUCCGCGAGGACAGGGACCGCGCGCAGCUCGCCGGCCCGUGA